GUUGAGAACUUUCCGUGCUGUCGUCCUACUUGUAUCUGUUUAAGACACAACAUAAAGGUUUUCUAAUAUUUCUCUCUAAGUGAUAAUCUUCAUGUUGAAAGUUCUUGCUCUCCUACCUGCGUCUAGUCUGCCAGAAAUUAAAAGAAGAAGAGGAAGAACGAACUCUGUCAGCAAUUAAUGGGAUACAUCACCAUGUUCAGAGCACAUGUGAUUGAGACAAAAAUACGGCAGUUUGUACUAAUGAAGAUGGUGCCAUGUGUCAGCGCACACAGGUACAUGGCAUGUUUGCAGCAAACUCUGGGUGGAGCUAAGUGGAUGAGCAGCACCAGACCAGCCCCGCGACUGACAGCCACGCCUGUUCGUGCCCUCAUCGAUGAACAGAUCAGCAUUAAAGGAUCCUUCCUACCGCCGCACUGUCCCGUCACUGUGUGUGCUCGAAUGCACUGUGAGGAUGGUGACCUGUGGGAGUCAUAUGCCCAUUUUAAGACAAAUGCAGAUGGCACUGUCAACUUGACCAGGGAUCAUUCAAUUGGGGGUACUUAUUUGGGCUGUGAGCCAAUGGGACUUUUCUGGAGUCUGCAGUCAGCUCCUGGAGCAAGAGAAGGAUUGAGGCUGAGGAAGAAAAAUGUAGAGGUUCCAUACGUGGUGCUUUUGUCCUUACUGGAGGGCCAUGUUUCUCCCAGUGUGAGUCAGGGCACUGAGCUGGCUGCAGUAACUGCAGAGCGCUCAUACAUGGCACCAGGCGUACAGAGAAUAGAGAUUCGGAAGAACAGUGUCAUAGGAACAUUGUUUUUACCACCUGGCCCAGGCCCAUUUCCCGCCAUGCUGGACCUGUGGGGGAUGGGUGGCGGGCUGGUGGAGUAUCGCUCUGCCAUGUUUGCAUCCAAAGGCUAUGCUAGCCUGUCCCUGGCCUACUUUGGGCACAAAGACUUGCCCGGCCCACAAAACCGAGUAAAUGUUGGUGAUUCUUAUUUCAAGGCUGCAUUCCAACUACUUCAAGACCAUCAUAAGGUCUGUGCUGACAAAGUUGGCGUCAUUGGACUCUCCUUUGGAGUCUAUGUCACUCUUCGAAUUGCAACCCGAACUGGUGUCAAACCAUCUUGUUUGAUUUGUAUUAACGGCCCAGUAGGAAGCUCCCUCAGUCUUCCAGAUGGAGAUGGUGUAACUGAAGACUUAGAAGAUAACACAUUGUCUUGGACGUAUGAUGAUCAAGGCCGUGUGACUUUCAAAGUUGUCUCCUUGCCUGCCUUAUUGUUACCUGAGAACAAAGUGAAGGUAGAAGAUAUUGAAUGUCCGUUGAUGUACAUAGAGGGUAAAGAUGACCAGAACUCUGCAAGCAAAGAGAACGCAGACAUGAUUGAGGAGACCCUGAAAGCUGCGGGCAAGUCCCACCUGUUCACCCGCUUAUCAUACCCCGGUGCCGGUCACCUGAUUGAGCCACCCUACGCACCAAAUGCAAGAAUGUCGCUGUGGAGGGUCAAACCAGAAAAACUGUUUGUCCAAUGGGGAGGUCACCCUGCACCCCAUGCUGCUGCACAAGAGGAUUCCUGGAAGAAGAUGCUGGCUUUUAUGGAAAAUCAUUUGAGAUAGAAAAUCAUAGUGAACGUGACAUGAAAAGCUGAAUUUAUCCAAAGUUACUAAUUGUAUCUCCACAAGGGGGUGCUGUUUGGUAACCAUCAGAAAGAUUGUAAGCCCAGACUAAUGGGGCAGCGUAACGUUUCUGCGCUUCCACUUCACCUGAUCCAACCUCACUCCCACCCCAUCCCAUGUUCUGCCUUUACUGUUAGCCUCCUAGCUUGUAUGACUAUCCAAUAACAUCAAAUAAAAAACAUGGUGAAUAAUCAAAUCAAUUAAAAAGAGAUAGAGGUUAUAAACUAGUCAACCAGCAUCUCCAUAAGAGAAGAAAUUAAAGUCACCUUAGUGGAAGAUCACAACCUUUGUUCUGUUGGAUGCAAACAGAGUUGUUACAAUUCACAGAUGAAUGAAAACUUUUGUUAUAUUGUAUUUUGUAUGGGUGACACUUUGUCUAUAUGGUAAAUGUAUUUAGAAACACUUUACAAGAGACCUACUUCAGCCACUUUAUUGAAAUCAUCCUUACAACAAUCGGUACUUAUAUGUGGUUCUUGAUGUGCUUUUAUCACUUGUACAUAUUAUUUGUACGUCAUAAACUUUUUUUUUUCUACUCAAUGAUGAAAUAAA